UUUUUAAACGUAUCAUGUUGAAUUAAGUUUUAUUUUAUAUUAUACAGUUUUAUUGCCAUUUAGAAGAUGUCUAUGGAGAAAAUAUAUAUGUUCUGUAGAACUAUUUUCUGGGUGCAUGAUUCAUGAAUUGACGUGCAGCGUGUGGAAAAUUGCGAAAUCAGACCUACGUUAUGAGACGAGACGAAAGUAGGAAGUUGGAAGUUGAAAGUUGAAGUUAUUUGGUAAUUAGUGGUUUUGUGGCAUCAUUACCAUUGUUCGUGAUGUGCUGGUUUUAUGAUAGUGGUAUAUAUAUUUCAAUGAUGCUCAUGUGCACAGUGAAAUAUAUCAGUUGAGACUUUCAUAUGGGAACGGAAGUACAAGUUUCAUUUGUGAAUGAAAGUAUUGAUCUUGGUUGGCUUUGUUUUCAAACGUUUAGCAGGUUAAUGUGAGGGCACUGCUCCAAGUGCCUGUGAGCAGGAUGGAAAGUAUGAUGAAACUAACAACACAGAAUCCUUUAUCACUACUUCUUAAGUUUGGUAUUAUGGCGUGGAAUGGAACCUGUACUGAUAAUUGUUCGGGACAUGGAGAAUGCCACAAUGGGACUUGUCUCUGUGAGAUUCAGUUUGAUGGGCCAGAAUGCCAUGUACCUAACCUGAGUUACUAUGUAGCAUUCGCCACAAUCUUCUUCCUGCUGGCACUAGUGUGCCUGAUCCAGCUGGUUAUAUGCAUUGUAGCAGAAUGGCAACGAAUGAAGGCACCUUCACUUCUUCGAGCUUGUCGUGUUACCACACAGAAAUUGUUAUAUUUUGUGGUGUUUCUAGCUGCCAUUAUAAGGGGUGCAUAUUUUACAUCACCGGCUGCAUUUGAGGAAGGAUGGUCACGCAGUCUUAUGAGUGCAUACUACCCACUUUUGCUAUCUGGUUCGUCGCUCGUUGUUUGCUUUUGGGCAGAGGUUUUUCAUUUGCGAGAUAUUCGGUGGGAAAAGCCACAGUUUCUGUCAAAGUCUUUCCUGGGAUUUGUCACUUUCAACAUAAUCACAUAUUCGCUCCUCCUCGCAGAAUUUGUGACUACUCAGUUUGCCAAUACCACUCUGGAAGAGAAGAGUUUCUAUACACAUGUGUUCAAUGGCUGUUAUGCUGUCCUGCUGUUCAUUGUUGUCAUCUUCUUCCUUAUCUAUGGUGUUGAGGUAUUCUUUAAGGUCCGUGGUGGUUUCUUGCUUGAAACCACAGUGACAACAAUUGCGACUAGCAGCCGAACCCCCGCAGCCAGUGAACCGGACUGUGACUCUGCAGACCCAGCAACUGCAAGGCUGUUUGCAAGUGGAGACAGUAAUCCACUGCUUCAACAAAGCAUCAACACCUCCCAGCUCCAUCAGUCACGGUUUGGCCUGUUAUCUCAGGCUUUCAUGCUCAUCAUCGUUGUUGCCUUUCUCUUCAGUGAAACUUUAUCAGAGUUCUGGAAGAAAAAAGUUCCACUUUACAGUCGCAAUUGGCAUGACGUUGUAUUCCGAGUUGUGGAAGUAGGUGUUGCAUUGUGGUUCCCUUGUGUUCUAUGGAACUGUAUGAGUCCAGAGCAGCUAUGGAUUUUAAACCCAAAGCGUAUUCUCAAAAAGCUGGACUUGGAGCCUCCAAGCAAGCAGCCAGGCCAAGAAAGCACAGUUGACAAGGCGUCAUCCCAAGCCGCAGGCAAGCAUGUGUUUAGGCAUACAUACAAUGAGUAUGAUGCUUGUUUCUCCAAAGACUGCUGGAUUUGCUAUGACAGUGAUCGUCAAGAUGUGGGCCCACUAAUCCAGCCUUGCCAGUGUCGUGGAGAUGUGAGUAGUGUACACCAUGACUGUUUACGGAGGUGGCUUGUAGAGAGUUCCGCAAGUCCCGAUUCUCUGCGCUGCAAAGUAUGCGGGUCUGCGUAUGAAGUGGAACAAGGGACAAGGUUGGAUUGGCAACAUGGCUUCACUACCCAGCACUGGUUGCAGACGGCAGCCAUUGUGACAUGUAUGUGCGUGUCUGCAGCAGGGGCUUGGGUCACUAUCCAGUUGUUUGAAGACCCAGUCAUCCGCAUGCUAUCUGCUGGCAGUGCCCUUCUCAUACAAUAUGUAUGUGUGAGAUUCCUGGGUCUGAACACCGUAGUGGCAUACCAGCGUGCUAAAGUAUCUGCUCUAAGCAUUGUUGGUGGAGGUGGUCAUGUUGCUACCAUAAGUGAAACAGUGGCUGUAGACAUUCCUAAAACUCCAGCUCAGGCACGCAUCUGAGAUUGCUAUAUCUCAUACAGUUGUUCAACACCGGCUUUGUACUGUAAAUGAGGGAAGUCCCUUUUCAACAUGUUAGUGUGUUUAUGUCAAGUGUUUAACAUUUUAAGUUUUUGUACAUAGAGAACUUGCCAGAAUGUGUGCAUAAGUGUCUAUUGUAUUAAAUAUUUUUUUUUUUAUUUAACACAAAUUAAUUCUCAGUGUCUGUGUUUUAUGUAUGCUCUGUAUUAUUGCAUGCUGAAACAAACUCUGUGUGAAGUCAUAAUUUAACAAAUGUUAGGAACUAUCUGUUCAGGAGUACAUUUUUUGGAGAUGUAUUUCUGUAAAAUCUUAUUGUUUUCUGCCAUUCUUUAUUCCAGAGAUAAUGUUAUUGAAAUUUGUUGUAGCUAAGAAAGAUCUCCACUUUUGCUCAUUUUAAAACCAAACAUUUUUAAAACAGUAUUCUCAAUGUUGUUUUCUAGAAACAUGCUUUUAUUGAAAUUGGUCAGGUAGAGUGAAGUUAUUGGUUUCCAGAAAUAUAAAUUAUUUGUAAUUAAGUGGUAUUGGAUAUGAAGUAUCCAAUUAAUGAAACUUUCAGUACUUUGUGUUGUAAUGUUGACGAAUUCAGUCAGUGUGUAAAUUAUUAUUUUUUUUUGCUGUGCUCAUAUUAACAGAAGAAAGAGUUCUCAUUCAGUUGAUUGGAUUUUGAAAUUCUAAUUUCAUUUUUUGUGAAAAACAUCAUAUUUACUUGUGUGAUUACUUGCAUACUGUAAUUGCCCCAUCCAGUUUUUGAAGAAACCUCUUUUUUUGUGCCACAUGAAUGCCUAUCCUUUGCUUUGAAAUGGUGAUUAUAACUACUCAUGCUGCAGUCUUUGUUCCACUUCCCCCUCACCAUCCUAAUAGACAUUGUACCAGCAGCAGUAUGACACAGCUCAUUGAAAGCCACAUAAAGGAAGGCAUGAUUAAGCUUUGAAAACAUAAAUAAAUAGUGUUCUUAAGUGUGGGGAGAGAAUUCUAGUGUAAAUUUAUAAUUCCAUUGUUGCUAGACUUAUUUUAUGACCAUUUCCACAUUAUAAGGGGAAAACUGUGUGAUUACCCUGCCAUUGUUAGAAUCUAAAAAUACUGUAUAAAAAUGUGCGACAGUUAUUUGAAUAUAUAUGAUAAUUGCUUUCAAAUAUUUCAUUUGAUUCUACUGCCUAUGACUCAUCGCUUUAUAGAUACUGUUGCUGGCUGUCAGCAAUGUUGAAUAAAUAGUUAGUUAUAUAUUGUAUUAUAUAAUAAUGUGACUUUCUUGUUGCCACAGAAUAGCUAAGGAACAGUUGUUUUAUAUGAAAUGCAGAAAGAGAAGUAUGAAAUUGUAAGAAAAGUACAAAUUUUUGUUGAUAUAGUGGAAGCAUGUAUCAUAAGAACUGAUGAAGUAAUAACAUUACACAUUAUGCAGUUUGUUAAUUGUGAUAAACCUAUUUUUAUUUUUAUUCAUAUAUUGAAACAGUACAACAGCCUAUCUCUUUCAUUGCCUUUGUUAUCAGGUGAUUUACUUUCUAAUACAGCACUUGGAGAAUGUGACAUCAAAUUCAUUCUUUACUUAUAUGGAUUAAUAUGUUCAAUGUGGAUAAUCUUGUAUGCAGUUUGUGUGGGUCCAGUUUAUAAAUUUCAUUAGCACCUAACCUUCAAGCAAAAUUUUUGUAACCAUAUUAUUUUCACUGUUUUUCUUUAAUCAGUAAUAUUAUAUAUCUUAUAGUAGACGAGGCAUGGCAAAUUUUAGUAUUAACCGACAGAUUUUGUUACCAUUAACCUUUGAGAAACAACAUAAGCAGAUGCAAAUAGUUGACAGGUAGAUAAAAUGUUCAGGCAUACCAAUUUUUUUAACAUGUAUUUUAUUUUUACGUAUUCUUGGUUUAUUUUAACACUUUCAUUUGUGGAGAUUAUAUAGUGUCAGGUGGUAGGAUGAUGAGUUAAAUAUUAACUAUGAUGUGAAAGGAAGUGUU